AUGACGCUGGAAGAUGAGCCCCUCAGGUUGAAAGUUGUCCAACAAGGUGGUGCAAGACCUUCAAUUACUCCAGCAGGAUCUUCUUUGGUCGUGAAUAGCGGGCAAGAAUUAAGGCUGUUCUGCAGUGACAAUGGCCCUGUGACUUGGCAUUUCCAGAAUGCGGACCCUUCGGCAAAGCCAAAGUAUUUAAAACAAAAUGAGUUUCACAUAAGCAGCGCAGAACCUGGAGACACAGGAACGUACACAUGCAAAAACAGAGAAAGCUUGAACAUCUCCACUUACGUUUUUGUUAAAGAUCCAAAGGUUCUGUUCUUUCAUGAGCCAAUGAUAUUUGCAACUGAAGACCACGAUGCCCUCAUUCAGUGCCCGGUAACAGAUCCAGACAUUUCAAAUUUCACAUUGAAAAGAUGUAAAAGUUCUAAAUCUCUACCUGAGAAUAUAAUGUUAAUUCCCAAUCCUCAGAAAGGAAUUACCAUCAAAAAUGUGCAGAGAUCAUUUCUAGGGUGUUACCGGUGUGCAGCACAGCAGAAUGGAGUGGAGAAAGAGUCGGAAAUUAUCAAUCUUAUUGUGCGGCCAGUUCACAAAUCCCUUCCAGACAUCACCUUAUCCAAAACGGACCAGCUUCUCAAAGAGGGUGAAGAAUUUGAAGUUAUGUGCACAAUCAGGGAUGUAGACAGCACUCUACAAGCUAAAUGGAUUUUUCAGGGCAGUGCGAAUCUUACACGCAGAAGCAAGAAUGUGGGUGAUUAUGGAUAUGAACAAAAAUUAACGUUGAGCAUCCGUUCAGUGGGAGUUAAUGAUUCUGGAGCUUACACGUGCCAAGGAAGCAACCCUUUUGGAACAUCCAAUGUCACUAUAACCUUGAAAGUACUAGGUGAAGGAUAUGUCAGUUUGUCAUCUUCAACUAACACAACUCUGUAUGUCAACGAUGGAGAAAACCUAGAUUUAAUAGUAACAUAUGAAGCAUAUCCAAAACCAGAAGAAGAAGUAUGGAUGUAUAUGAAUGAAACCUUGCAAAAUUCAUCUGAUCAUUACGUGAGAGUCACUAAUAUAGACAAAAACAGAUAUUCUAGUGAGCUUCAUCUUACUCGCCUGAAAGGAACAGAAGGAGGCAUUUACACAUUUUUUGUGUCCAAUUCAGAUGCCAGCUCCUCUAUAGCAUUUAAUGUCUAUGUCAACACCAAACCAGAAAUCGUCACUUCGGAGAGACUUGGCAAUGGCAUGCUUCGUUGUGUGGCUGCAGGCUACCCUGCCCCUACAGUGAACUGGUAUAUUUGCCCAGGACCUGAGCAAAGAUGUUCAGAUUCACAAAACAUUUCUCCAGUGGAUGUGAGAACCAGCCAUAAUGGGUCACCCUUUCCUUCCUUUGGAAAGAUAGUUGUUGAAAGCACCAUUGAUGCCAGCAUGUUUAAAAACAAUGGCACAAUCAUAUGUGAGGCUUCCAAUGCCAUUGACAAGCGGACAGCUUUUUUCAACAUUGAAGUUAAAGAACAAGUCAGUACCCAUACCCUUUUCACUCCUUUAUUAAUUGGCUUUGGAGUCGCAGCAGGAUUGAUGUGCAUUACCGUCAUUGUGCUUAUGUACAAAUAUCUCCAGAAGCCCAAAUAUGAGGUCCAGUGGAAGGUAGUGGAUGAAAUAAAUGGGAACAACUAUGUUUACAUAGACCCAACACAGCUUCCUUAUGAUGACAAAUGGGAGUUUCCAAGAAACCAGCUAUGUUUUGGUAAGACUCUAGGAGCUGGAGCUUUUGGGAAAGUUGUUGAAGCAACUGCCUAUGGUCUCUUCAAACCUGAUGGGGCAAUACGAGUAGCUGUAAAAAUGCUCAAACCCAGUGCCCAUUUUACUGAAAAAGAAGCCUUGAUGUCAGAACUGAAAGUGCUCAGUUACCUUGGCAAUCAUAUCAACAUUGUGAACCUGCUUGGAGCCUGUACUGUUGGAGGUCCCACUUUGGUCAUCACAGAAUACUGCUGCUAUGGUGACCUUUUGAAUUUUCUGAGAAGAAAACGUGAUUCCUUCAUUUGCCCAAAGCAUGAAGAAACUGCUGUUUACAAGAACCUCCUCCAUCAGAAAGAACACAUGUAUGAUGCCACCAAUGAAUAUAUGGAUAUGAAACCAGGAGUUUCUCAGAUUGUCCACACCAAACCUGCCAAAAAAGGUCCAGGAAGGACAGGAUCAUUUGCUAAUCAGGAUGUUACCAUUGCCAUCUUAGAAGAUGAUGAACUGGCUCUGGACAUUGAAGAUCUAUUAAGUUUUUCGUAUCAAGUGGCAAAGGGGAUGAACUUCCUUUCCUCUAAAAAUUGUAUUCAUAGAGACCUGGCAGCAAGGAACAUACUGCUUACUCAUGGUCGGAUCACAAAAAUCUGUGACUUUGGCCUUGCAAGAGACAUUAGGAAUGACUCCAAUUAUGUGGUCAAAGGAAAUGCACGACUCCCUGUGAAAUGGAUGGCGCCUGAAAGUAUUUUUGAAUGUGUGUACACAUUUGAGAGCGAUGUCUGGUCAUAUGGCAUCCUGCUUUGGGAGCUCUUUUCUCUUGGAAGCAGUCCUUAUCCUGGAAUGCCUGUGGAUUCCAAGUUCUAUAAAAGGAUUAAGGAAGGAUACAGAAUGUUUAGCCCAGAAUUUGCACCUGCUGAAAUGUAUCAGAUAAUGAAGAGCUGCUGGGAUGCAGAUCCUGUAAAGAGGCCAACCUUUAAACAAAUUGUGCAACUAAUUGAACAACAGAUUUCAGAUACCACAAACCAUAUUUACUCAAAUGUUACAAAUGGCAUAUGCAAUCAAGGAAGCGUUACAGAUCAUUCUGUGAGAAUUAACUCUGUGGGCAGCAGUGCUUCAUCUACGCAGCCCCUACUCACACAUGAAGAUGCCUGAGAGGAGACUCAGCCAAUCAUGUGAAAUUUGGGUUUUUUUAAAGGAAUGACUUCUGUUUGUUCUCAUGUUAUUCUCUAGUACACCAAGAAUGGUAGGAAUACUGCAGUGAUUAUUCUGCUCUUUUUAAAAAAAAAAAAAAUGCAUACUGUUAGAAACAAAAGUAGAUUGCCCAUCACAGUUAUAGCAUUGUUACACUGUUUGCUAGAAUCUGUGUAUAGUUGCCAUGUUAUAUGCAUUUGUAGUGUAGGAGUGAGAAAGAAUCUUAAAAUUUGGGUGUGGAAAAAACAUUUGAAGGAAAUUGCUUAUGGGAUUCUUUGCAAGUUAAAAAUUGUGUGCCAUCAAGUUGAUUCCAAUUAAUGGCAACCCUCCCAAUGUUUGCAAGGCUUAAAGCAUUCAGAAGUGGUCUACUAGUCCUUCCUUCCAGUGGUACUCUGGGACAGUGCAUUUUGCCCAGGACCAUGCAGGUGGCAAAGUCCCUUAGCCAUACACACUCCAAGUGAUCUUGACUGAUAUCUCUCUUCUGGAAGAUGUAGUAAGGACUGAAUGCCGAACCCUAGUCUCUGCAGCCAUGUGCUCCAGCCCCCUGAGCUACCCCAGCUCUUUGAAAUUCUUCACAGUUGAAACUGAAAAGCCAACAGGUCUUGAGAGCUGAAGAUAGGAAGUUGAUGCUUGUGUUUGAAAAUAUAGAAAUAGAAAGACUUAAACCAGCUUCCCUGAAUUUCGAACCAUGUUGGUUAGUUAGACUGGCAUGAAUGCUAUGACUUGGAUUGGAUUGGCAUGAAUGCUAUGAAUUGGAGCAGGAUACUGCUGCUAGUAAAAAAAGGUACUGCUUGUACUCCUUCUUGUGCUCCAUACAUGUGAGCUGGCACAUAGUAAAGGAUUUGGCCUAUGACAGAUUGUUCUUUUCUUAUUAAUCUCUUAGCUCAAAUUUCUACAUCUUCAUUCUAAGCAGAUGAUACAUAAGAGAGCAAGGGAGAGACAGAGGAAGACAGUUUCCAUGCUUUGGCUUUUAAUGUUCGCAUUUAUACACACAUGCUUACCUUUUCUAAUGCAACAGUUGCUGACCAGAGUAGUCUUUUUUUUGUUCCAUUAUCUACUUUAGAAGGUCAGUCUGUACAUACAUUUCCUAUAAUAUGGGAGGAAAUAAUACACUGCUGUAUGUCCAAAGCCAAGUUAAGAAAAUAGUUGCAUCUCCACCCAUCAAUUAUGGUUUUGUUUAAGAAAAUGCAACUGAAUUAUUGGCCAGGUUAUGAUGAAGGCAUAUGUCUGUUUGUAUUGUAAGAGACACAAUUGCGUGUUCUUUAUAUAGCUCUUGUAGUUUAGUCAUAAAAAUAGAUGUGCCAUUAAUAAUGUGACCUAGGGACCUGCAAAUGCAAGGGUUCAUUUUUCAGUUAUUUUGAGGACAUAGGUAUGUGUACACAUAUGUGUCUCUGUGUGUAUGUUGAACAGUUUCAAAUGGCUUUCUUAUUCUCCUCAAAAAUUAUUUUGGGUCCAUUGUACAUUUGUUACACAGAAGGCCAGUAAGAAUUACAGCUACACUGCACAGUUAAGCAAUUUGAUACUACUUUUAACUCCAGAAGUCUCAGAUUUUGUAGUUUGGUGUAAUACUAAGAAUCCCUUGUUGUAGCUUAGAGGAACGAACUAUAGCUCUUUCACAAAGGAUUCCCGUGCCUUACCAAACUACACAUCCAAAGAUUCCGUAGGAUGGAGUAGUUCAACUGGUAUCAAACUAAGUCUCAUUGAUUGUAUGUGUUGUGUGCCCAGCCCGCAACACAUACAAUAUUAACUGUGAGAGCUGGUGACCAAUUUAGUGAGAUACUAAAUAUUCCCUGAGGGAGAACUCUGGCAGCCUCCUCAAUCUGCAAGUCCCUUGCUGAAUUAUAAAUCCCAGGUACCAUAGAAUGGGCCCCAUGGCAAUUCAAGUAGCACCAAAUUACUGAAAGUGGAUAUAUCAAAACACUCAUAUCCUGGAAAAAGGGCUUAUUUUGUUCUGCAACACUGCAAUGCAGAAUUGGCAGCAUUGAUAAGAAUAAUGAGAUUAGUCAAUGGUCAUGUUAGUACUAAAUGGAGCAUAUACUCUAGUAGGCAGGUGGAUCUAGCAGUGAGCUCUCUAUUUUGCUGUUUGCUUUAAAAACAUCCUUACUGGACCAGCUCACAACAUUUUACUCAUUUUGUUUUUCUGUGAGGUCCUGUUUUAGCAAAGAGCCCAACAGAAAGAAUAGCAAACAUCUGGUACCAUCCCUUUUAGCACCCUGUUAUUUACACGGAAUGUCACAGCCACUUUUGUUGAGUUUUUGUUUUCUUGGUAGAAUUAGCUGUUUGCUUACAUGCAAUAUUAUUGAGUAAUUAGUUUCCCAACUGCGAGUUAAUUUUAGAAAUCACUGCUGGUGUCCUCAAGCUGCACUGAAUGCCACUAGGUUUUUGCUAAAUAUUUGAUCUGGAGUUAGGUCCUAUACCAUGCUGUUUGGGGUUAUAUUUAUAGAAAUCUGUUAGGUAGUCCUAAGAAGUUGGCACUUGCACUGGAGUUACAUAUACUGUUGCACCUUUCAGAAGUCUGCUGAGGUUGGUGGGGAAUAGCUUGAUCCAAGAUCCACAUACAUGGGGGCUUCCCAUUCUCUUCUGUGAAAUAAAAGGUUCCAUCUGUGCACCAAGUUUUCCCAAUGCCCUUGGAAAUGAUCUUCGUGUUCUGACAAUGAAGUCACCUCGGCAUGCCUGGAGUACUAUGUGGAUCUCAAAACCCUUGCAUGUGUACAGGAACCAAUGGAGUAUGGCCGUUGUGUAGCCCUAUUUUCACCUCCAGUCCCUCAUAUUACAAGCACACACAGCAUGAGGGAAGACUGGGCCAUCUAGCACUGACCGCAUGGAAGAAGCAGAAAUUGUGAUAGGGUCCCUUUUUCUGUAAAACCCUGUGUAUGUAAACCGUGUAUAUGUAGUUGGAAACAUUGCAUAGUUAAAUGUCCUCGUUUCACAGAAGAGCCCACAUGAGUUACAGCUGUACAGAUAUUGAACCACUUCACAUUUUCAUACAUCUACAAUAAGGAAUCAUAUAUGAAGGGAGGAAAUUCUUCCUUCCGAAACAAGGAAAUUCUUCCUUCCAAUCCUUCAAGCCAUUCUUCCUUCCAAUAUAUUCAGUAUAUGUGUGUACUGAAAGUGAGAAGAGGGUUUCUACCGUGCACUCCCCCCUCCGCCCGCCAUCCUACUUCUGAGGCUAUGAUAAUUUAAAAAACAAAACUAGAGAUGGGGGUAUUCGUAUUUGUAGACAAAUACAAAUAUCUCCCUG